AUCACACUGAAGCCUUCCUGAAAGCUCAGCCGCUCUCUGAGGUUCGUCAGGCAGCUGAGAGCUUCAUCAAGCGCUGCUCUCCAGCAGGGGGCGGCACCGAGCUGUGGCGGCCCCUGCGAGCGCUCGGCCUGCUGCCGCCGUCCCGCGGCGUCCGGAACCUGCUGCUGCUGUCGGAYGGCCACAUCCAGAACCCCGCGCUGACCCUGCAGCUGCUCAGAGACCACGCCCCCCACAGCCGCCUCUUCACCUGCGGCCUCAGCCCGACAGCCAAUCGGCACCUGCUGAGAGCCCUCGCUCAGGCAGGGGGAGGAGCUUAUGARUUCUUCGACACAAAAACUAAACACACCUGGGCAGAGAAG